UUUUAUGUGUCAAUAUGGUUUGCGUAAAUGUUUGUUUAUAAUUUCCUAUAAAUACUCUGUCGAAAACUAAAAUUUAUUACAAAUAUCUACUCUGCUAAACACCAGGUAUAACUCUUAAAAGGUUCUUUUUAAGAUGAAUUUUUUUCCAGUGGUAAUUUUUCUGGUUUCUAUUGAACUUUUUAAAACGCAAGGACCACGUUUCGGACUAAAAACAAACAGCAUAAAAGACAAAAAAACAUACACAAAACAAUUCAACGAAUGUAAUAAUUGUACUAAUGAUAAAUUGAUGCUUUCAAUAAAUACUUGGCUAAAGGAAUAUCAAAAUGCAAGUUUAACAAGUUGCAAUUUAUCACAUAACAAAUUUAGCAAAUGGUGCAUAAAAAGAUUAAAGGUAUUGUUAAACAAAGCAGCUUUUGUUUUCAAAUUCUAUCCAAACGAAUGUGAGUGCUGGAAAUCGUGUUACUGAAUGAAAUAAAUAACGUUGUAUCCAAAAUCGUAAAACCCAAACAUUGAGAAAGUUAUUUAUAAACAUAACUACUAGUUCAUUAAAAAGUUUUUAAAGUGUUAUUUUGUAUUUAAACAAUAUUUUUAUACAGUAAAUUUCAUAUGAUAAUAUUUCGAUAAAAUA